GGAUCCAGUGCAAAUUAUUAAAAUACUGGGACAGUAUAAAUGUUGACUAAUGGCCAAUUUGGUGUUGAAAUCCAGUUUUGCUCAGAUGUUUUUUUUAUUUGCGUAAAACACCAUCUUUAAAAUUAAACCCUCUCAGGAUUGUCUUAAAACACAUGGGUAAAGGAUUUCUAGCAGAAAUAAUAACCUUACGUAAUAUCCACAUAAAUUAGUGAGUGUAUUACUUCCCAUUGAGUUGCAUGAUUUUCUCACAGUGUAAACGCUUGCAGAGUAAAAUGGUGUGUGUGUGUUUUUUUUAACUUGUGUAUCUAUAGUCUAUACAAAAUAUAGAAUUUUUCAUAUCACUACAGUUGAAGCGCUGUUGAGAAAUGAUAUAGUCUGUAUUUCCAGACAUAUUUACAGCUCUCGCAUCCCUUAAAGAUCCUCCUUGGAAAAGCAGACAAUUAAUUUAGUGGGACAGUCUGGGCAAUAAAACCAAUUUGACCUGGAGUAAAUGGAUACCACAAUGCACAGAGGGAUGCAUAGCAUAAACAAGAUGUACUAAUCAAUACACACACAGUUGUGUCAGGAUGUGCGAAUGCACUGACACCUUCAUGCAAAAUCCCAUUUAAAGCUUUUGCAGAAAAGCCCACUGUGGGUUAGCCAGUGAUAAGUCUCCCUUUGAGAGGAGUGGAAACAACAAAGGCACCCCCUGCAGUAGUAGAAAUCUAAUAUUGGCACCCGAAGCAGCUGGCGGGCUGUCUCCUGUAAUUUUAGCGCACACUGAUGCGGAGGAAAGAUUUAAUGGGCAUUGGUCGGCAUACCCUCUUCUGAGGGCGUAAAGGAGACAGAGCAGAGCGAGCAGAGAGGGAGGGGAGCAGAGGAAGAGGACAGUGAGGAGAGAGGGAGAGAGAAAGGCAGCGUGUGAGGACUGCUGUGGCUCAAAAAUAAAGUCAGGCAACUAUCUGGAGCAGCAUGACUCUUCUAACACUUGGACUGUAUCUGCCACUGUGGUUUCAUUAUGGCCUGGCUCAGUCUUCUAUUCCGGACAGCUUUAUUCCAUUCCCAGCAGCUCUCAGAUCCCAGGAGCAGCAGAGGAGAUUCAACCCAUGCUGUUUACUGAGUCUGCCUCCACCCCCGCUGUUUCCUCCACCCCCUUCACUUUGGCGCCGCCACACUCAUAAUGAAGGCAUUUAUGGAGGUCGAUCAGAGCCGGGCCAUGAGGACAAAGGUGCCUGUGUCCAAGGCCCCCCUGGGCCUGCUGGUCCCAUUGGACCUCAGGGUCCACCUGGAUUGCCUGGUAUAGAAGGACCUAAGGGAGAAAAGGGAGAAAUCGGAAGACCUGGGCAAAAGGGUCGCACAGGUCCUCCUGGACUUCCUGGGAAGCAGGGACCAGCUGGAUGGCCAGGACCAAGUGGGCCCAAAGGUGAGAAAGGUGACUCAGGGCUGAUGGGCUUGCCUGGAGCCAGAGGACCAAUUGGGCCACGGGGUUUAUCUGGAUAUAAAGGUGAAAAGGGCUCACAAGGUGUUCGUGGUGAGGGUGGCAUGAAAGGAGACAAGGGUGCAAUGGGUUUCCCAGGAAUGCUUGGACAGAAAGGUGAAAUGGGUCCAAAAGGAGAACCUGGGAUCUCAGGAAACAGAGGACCCACUGGCCGACCAGGGAAGAGAGGCAAACAGGGAAUGAAAGGAGACCCGGGCAGUCUAGGUCCUAUGGGACCUGCAGGCCCACAGGGACCUCCUGGCCAUCCUGGUCCUCCUGGUUCACCUGCCACAGGACUUUACAUGGUUGGAACAAAGGGUGCACGUGGUCCACCUGGGCCGCCUGGAAAGUGUAGCUGCGGCACUUUCAGUAAUUCUCAAUUUGAAGAUCAUCCCUCCAGAGGAAGCUAUCCUAAAGUACCAGCGAUAUUCGUGGUGAGCAAUGAGGAAGAACUGGAGCGCCUUCACACAGAUAACGCUCUUGCAUUCCGCAAAGACCAGAGAUCUCUCUAUUUCAAAGACAUUGAUGGCUGGCUGCCAAUUCAGCUGACUCCGUUCCAGUCCAUGGAAAACGCACCAGACGAGGAAGGUUACUGUGGUGAUGGGAUAGUGCAGAUUACUAAUGGAGAGGAGUGUGAUGACAGAAACAGAGUCGUCACCGACGGCUGUGUCAAGUGUAAACACGCCUACUGUGGAGACGGAUAUCGCUAUGAGGGGGCUGAGGAGUGUGAUGGAAAAGACUUUGGAUACCAGACAUGUAAUUCAUAUCUUCCAGGGUCAUAUGGUCACCUCAAGUGCACACCAUACUGUGUUAUUGACUCCACAAACUGCAAGUACUUCACUUGAGGAGGAACCUGGACAGUGCAGCGGGAUCCUUUGUGUGUUAUUUGCUAUACACAUAAUGGGAAUACUUUCAUGCAAAAAAAAAUAAUAAUAAUGCCACAAGCAAGAGACUCUGGAGGAAGAGGCAGCCAAUGAUUCUAUGAUGAAAGAAAACCAAAACAUAUAUAUAACUCCUCUGUACUGCUGCUAAGAUGCCACGUAGAUCCCCGGAGUUAUAGCAAGAGUCGGUCAGUUGAAGGGGAAAACCUUCACCUACACUUAGGAAAUACACAGGACAACUGCACUCUGUCUUAACAAAGCUGGACUUAAGACUGGCCUCCUCACCAUGCCCGAUUGGACUGGAAUCAGCUUCUGGAUGCAACGGUUGUUUGACAGCCAUGCAGAGACUUAAUUAAGUGCCAGUUGGAGAUGUUGCAGAAGAGCAGUAGCCGGGCCAGAGGCUUAUUAAUCUUGACCCAGUUACUGUUGAGAAAAAGAGCCAGUAGGACAUGCAGAGCCAUGGUCCCAGGUAUUCUACUGCAGCGUGAGUGACAGUGCACAGCAUUUGCAUGAGGCUGGGAUUACUAAGACCAUGAAAGCAGCUGUCACUAUCCAAGCAUGUAACCUAUCACUUUACUCAUUAUUGCCACGACAAAGUCCGUACUGUGUACUCCCAAUCUCACAUCAACGAUUUCAGUUGUAAAACCAGGGAUGUAGUAUGAUCAAUAUUAAAGCAAGGGAUGGAGAUAGAGGUGGAUAUAAUGCAUGAAUUAUGCACCGCUAAUAUUUCAGGAGGCCACACUUCUCACAGGUCCUGUGAAACUUCAGUGUCUGACUUGGCUUGUGGUGGUACUGUACUUGACAGGGACAUUCAGAUUCAACUUCAUCUAUCCGAAAACCUCUCAGGAACCAACAGGUAAUGUUGCUCCACACGGCACGUUUCACAGGCAUCCUCCGACUACUCUCUUUGCAAAUUUAAAUGACAGCGACUGUACGCCGAGAGCACACAGGUAACUCAAACAAAAGCUUUAACCGCAUCAACAAUGUGCGGUUCCUUUAGGCACCAUCACGUUCCUUCCCUGUGCUUCAAUGAGAAACUAAAUAUACUGUAUGUGAAGGCUUGAAACUGUUAUGUUCUUAAUUUUCUCACUGCACAGGAAAGGCUGGAAUAGUCUGUAGCUGCUAAAUGGGGGGGAGGAAUUCAAUUCCAGUCUGUUCUAUGGUCAUUACUGUAUUUACUAUAAUACCUCUUUAUCCAGUCUUUCUGUCUUACAGUAAACAGCAACAGAGAAACUCAACAGUAAACUUAACAGUGUAGAUGUAGUCCGCUCUGUCUUGGGCACCAAUGGUGAAAAUGAAUGUGCCGAUUAUAAGCUGACAUUUUCCAUAAGCUACUGUAUGAGUCGCAGUGCCAAGGGAGACCUUUUCUUAGCCAUACUUAGACAUAGUCAAGUGUUAUAAAGUGAUUCUUCUUUGAUUGCAGAUGUACAAACAAGGAAUUGAAAGAUAAAGACUGUUACUAUAUUGUGUCCGCAUGCUUGUGAUAAUGUGCCAUUGAGUGUGAGAUGCUUCCACUCUGUCAAACAUUGUUUUGUAAAUCAUCAUUGCAUUCAUCAGCAUAGCAGGUGUCUUAAGAAAUGUCAGCCUUGCUCUGCUCAGAGUUGUAGUACUGUACAGUAUGUGUGACACACCUUAUAUGAUAGUGAUGAACUGUGCCAUGCACAAAGCUGAAAUACUUUUUGGAAAAACCAUGUUGAAUGUUCUUGUCUGUGGCCUGUGCUGCUGUGCUGUAUCUUGUACUGUGUAUGCACAACAAUGCUGAAACAUACCAUGCAUGUGGUAACGUACUGUAAGGCUUUAUAAAACAUAGUAUGCACUGUGA